AUGGACAACCCGGAAGAAGAUUUUGAGGAUUCAUGGGCAAGCUUCCUUUCGAGCCCUUCUGCAGAUGCGUUUCAGUUGCAGCCCCAACCUGCAAGAGAGGCAUGCAGCUCGCAGCCCAAGAGAGGCAGACCGGUCGGCUCCUUUGGCGGACAUGGAUACAGACGUGAUAUGAAGGCAGCAGAAGCAGCCGCCGCUGCGCCGGCCCCAGUGGCCCCAGUGGUGCCCAGCAGAGGGUCUGAAGGGUGUGCCAGAGCCAGGGCUGCAAAGGCUGCCAAAAUUGCCAAUGUUCGGCAGCAGCAGCUAGAUUCAGACGAGUUACGGUUACAACACUUGGACUUUGAUCAGCCCUUGCAGUCCGGUUUGUUGCAGUAUCGGAGAAUCGGGUCUGAUUUGCAGCAGAAGCUGCUGUUGGAGGCGACCCGAAGGUUGUCUGGAGAGCAAACCUCGUCGACAUCAAGCAAUGCCAGCAAUGCGUAUGUUCAGAAGCUCCUGCAUAAGCUACGGCCCGUGAUGUCUUUCACAGCACAGGCGGUUCAUGGCGACUCAGAUAUAGACGAUAACCGCCACAACGCCAAGAAUAGCUUGUUGCGGGCUGCAGCGGCGAUCAUGGAUGGAGCAAAGAUGGUGUGUGGCAAUUUUUUCUGUGUCGUGCAGGGUGCCAUGCAAAAUGGAGCCGAACUCUUGCUUCUAGUCAAAAAACGCCGCUAUGACGAGACUCCUUUGCGGCUGCGUGCCAAAGCAAGACAGGAGGAUGACGAUGACGAGAAGGCCAAACCCAUGAAAGUCAUUCAAAGCGAGAUGUCCGUGGGUGUUUUGCUUAAGCGAUGUGACAAGUUCAUGUUUGUCAAGACAGUGCUACCAAGCCAAUUGCAUGUUGCUGAUGCGGUCACGGCCGAAACGCUGAGGGAGUGUCAGCAGAGGCUGGAAGACAUUCCAGAAUUGGCCCGGCUGGCACUAAAUGCACGCUUGAAGCUGCAGCUGGUAGUGACAGACCGUGCCGCAUCAAAUAUCAAAUGCGAAUCUGGUAUUCAGCUGCACGAUGCGACGUGGACAAAAGCACAUGUAUUUUGCAAAGUGCACAAAGUUGCGCAACAACAGUCGGCAACAUCAAAACUUUGUGAUGGCCAUAUCUCAGGUUUGGUCAGUUUGGCGCUUGGCAUGCAGAUGGCAGGAAGCACCAAUAAAAUGCGCAAAUGCUUGAUGGUAGUGCUGCGGAAACGAGUGCGUGUGCAUGUAGGCACUCCUCCACUGGACCCGGCCAGAGACGAGUAUCGCAAGGAGGUUUACGACCUCUGCCUGUCCAAAUGCUGCACAAGGGCAGACCGAGCUGAGCAUGAGGCUCAGCAAGCCAACAGACUGAGGCAGAAACAGCGUCUUGUUUUCGAACAUUUCUUUCAUGGAAGCGACUUUCGACAGUAUUUCAUUGACCUUUUCAUUCCUCAGCUUCGAACUUUGGAAGACAUCUGGAAAGAGCUCGAGACAAGCCUUGUGCCCUAUUUGCUCCCGCAUAGAUGUCCAAUGUUCCAUCGAAGCCGAUGGACAGGGGGGGACCUGGCAUUGGACUGGAUGUUGCUCAUGAGCCUCACUUUCGACUUGAUGUCGGAGGUGGUGCCAAUGUGGGCCGGUGCUGAUAUACCAUCCGGCCCUCCAGGCCAUGCCGCAGGAGCCGCAGAAGCUGAGGAGGACUGCUGGGAAUCACUUUGCCAGGACUUGGUUCCUUCUGCAGAAGUCGGUGAAGGCGGGCAGCAGCAGCAGCAUCUUGCCGCAGAGGCGGAGGUGGCUUCUGAGAGGCUCAGUUGGGCCGAAUUCAAUGCGGCCAUGAAGAAGAAGGCAGCAGAAUUUGCCAUUCGGAAACCGGCUGGGGCAUUGGCACUUCUGAGAUCGGUAAUGGAGUUAAACUUCAAGCUCCUUUACCAUGCCCUGCACGUAUCGUCGGAUGCAUGGCAGAACGAGCAAGCAGCCAAAGCUUCCAAUGUUCCCUGCAGUCGCAUCUUGGACGAGUAUGCCGGCAAACAUGUGCAUCGCUUUGCAGACGAGCUUCAGGAAGCUUUCAUGUCGGUGCCCAAGGCCAUUCCACCGGCUGCAUGUGCCAGGAACAUGCGGACACUCCAUUUCAGGUUGCUUAGCCGAGCUGGUGCUGCGCAUCAUCAACUCCUGGAGCGUUUCAGAUGCGCUUUCCCCACUCAGAUGUUUGGGGCCUUGCUUGGGAAUACCAGUGUUUUGACUGCGAAGCCGUGUCUGCUGGAUGAGCUUUCGACAAAGGUCCGGCAGAUGUUUGGCACGCCAAGCUUGCUUGGCAGUGCCGAGGCUCGGGCAGUCCUGGCCUCGAUAGCGGAGCUUUGGGAGCUGGACAUAGCGGCUAUAGAGGCAAAGCAUGCUUCUGUACGUCGGGCAUUGACUAGUCGGGGUGUCCAGGCACCACAGCCUUUUCUGUCAGUUGUCAGUGCCGAUUUUGUUGUGCAACAAUGUGCCAGACAAAAUCUACAGCACUCGUCAUGGAAGGACCAACAGUCUGCCAGGCUAGGGCGGUUUUCACGGCGCCCACAGACAUCUGUCAGUGACUCCCAGAAGCAGAAUGCGGCUGAUAGCGAUGCAGAAGAGGCCGGCCAUGAGAGUGAGAACAAGAAGAAGAAACGCAAGCAGGAGCAUGGUUCCAAACCCGGCGGUAAAUGGAAAGCUUUUUGUGCUGUCAAUGCAAAGGGAAAACAAAUCAACAAGGAGGUCGGAAAAGAGCUGUCCGACCAGUACCAUAAUUUGCAGCCAGAAGACGAUGCCUGGUACCAGGAGUUGGGCGAGAUGGCCAAGGCUGCUGGAUUAGCUGGACACAAGCCUUUUCCAAAGCAGCCUGCAGCAGAGCAGGGUGUGCUUGUCCAUGCCCCUGAGCACUUGACCUCAGCCUUGUGUGCUUUGGGUUCGGACUUGCGCAAGCAAAGUGCAGCUCGAGUGGCCCGCAGCAAGCAAAUUCAGGAUGCGAUUUCUGACAUGGCCCCCUUUGACAAGCUUUCUCCAGAGCACAAGGAAGCUGUGCAAACAGUCUGCAACAUCCGGGAGGCCGACCGGCAACACUUCAAGCGGAGUUCUUCUCAGGCGGAUUCCAUGGCGAUGUUGCAUUGGAUACCGCCAGUUGCGCCGUUUGCAGAGGUGGCUGGCUUGCUUUUGAGUGUCAGUCUAGAGUCUAAAGUCUAG